AAGAAAUAGAUAUUUCUUGGUGUACUAAAACAAAAAAAAGUCCUCAAACUCGAGGAAAAUUGAAGAGAAUGAAAAUUGGAAUAAUAGUCCUAAAAAUGGAGAAUAAUAAUUACAAGUUAAUCCAAGUUUUCCUGCUGACAAUCUUAAUCUUAAUGAGGAGAAAACACCUAGUAGACGUAUAUCCCUGGCCGAGGCCGAAAUUAAUUUACCGGUUCAAGAAAAGGAGAAGCUCAAGCUGAACGUCCUAAAGUAUGAAGGAGAUGAAGUUCAAAGUAUAACCACCAAAGAGGUAGUUUUGCAACUGAGAACCUCUAAAUUACUAUUGAGAUAUUCUUGACCAUAUAUACGUUUUAUUUAUGACAUGUGUUGGGUAUAAUGUUGGUUUUUUUAGUUUGUAUAACAUUAAUAUAUGACGGUCCAAAUGGUAUAACACCUUCUUAUGUUAGGACAUUCUGCUUAAAAUUCUAUAAUUAGUAUCUGUUUCUAUGUGAACUUUUUCCUUACUAGCAAAAUACACUUGGUAAAGCAGUUACACAAGGACAACAUAGAUGCCAACUAACUUAGUUGAUUAUAGUCUUGAGGAUUGUAGUUAUUAGUCAAAACCUGAGAUUAAGUCCUGUUUUCAUCAUGGCCUUUGAUGACUAUCUGUACACUUUGAACUGUUAGGAACUCUUAGCAUUUGCACACAUAGGCUUAGAGGCUAGCUGGACUGCAAAGCACGAUUAAACGUAGUAUCUACUAUAAGCAUCUAAAAUGAGCUGGAUUGUGGGAGUAGUGUCCCUUUUCAGUUAAAAGUUCUGUACUUUUGUGUUUAAUACUGCGUAGUACAAGUAUAUAUGGAAGGGGUGGAAGCUGACUUUGAUGUAUACACUCAUAAGAUCUUGAGAAGGUUUGAGAGUUUCUCGAACACAGUUUAAGAGAAUAAAUCAGGAAUCAGAAUAUUGUCAGUUAAAAAGAAGAUUGAACCAUUUUGCAUAAAACCACUUAGUAUUCCUUCUUAACUGAUUUGAUUGUUUCACCUCAGCACUACUUCAACUGUUUUUUAAUGCAAUCAACUUGGAGACUUCUAACUUCCUAAUCUGUUUAUACUGGAGUUAUGUUGUUAAAUUAAGCUUUAUUACUAAGGCGAAUAGGAAUAAAAAGGUGUAACAAACUUCAAUUGAGUUUUUGUAUUAAUUUUUACACGAACUGAGCUUUGAGAUUAGUUAGACUUGAGUUUAGAACUUGGAGCCAUAUCAAUUAUAUAUUCAUGGUUACAACAGACGACUGUCCUACAAAUUGUUCUGUUGUAUAACAUGAUCUUAUUAAGCAGUUGAUCAAUCAUUUUAUUAUAACAAUACUUAGCUUACGAUGUUAAUUGUACAACAGACUGUCCAACACUUCUUUUGUGUACUCUCAAUAUACAAUAUAUUCCCAAAUUUAAUCUUUCGCUACUUUAGACAGACUUAUGGCCAAGCAAGGGCAACGGUGAAUAUCAACACUGAUCAUCCAUCUCCGGAUGAUUGGGUUGGAGUUUUCUCCCCUUCAAAUUUCAAUGUAUCUGCAUCUUGUCAGGAAGUUGGUAACAAAAGAGUUAAGGAGCCAUACAUAUGCACCACGCCCAUAAAGUAUAAGUAUGUAAAUUACUCCAGUCCUAAUUAUCUCAAUACUGGAAAAGCUACUGUGGAUUUUGAAUUGAUCAAUCAACGAGCUGAUUUCGCAUUUGCAGUGUUUUCUGGAGGAUUGUCUAAUCCAAAACUAGUGAAGAUCACAAAACCUAUAUCACCUUUUCCAAAUCCUAAAGCACCGCUUUACCCACGCCUUGCUAUGGGAGAGACUUGGGAUGUAAUGACAGUAACAUGGACAAGUGGUUAUAACAUAGAUGAAGCAGUCCCUUUUGUGGAGUGGGGGUGUCCUGGUGGCGCGACCAUGCAAUCGCCUGCUGGAACUUUCACAUAUAUUCGCAAUCAAAUGUGUGGUUCACCUGCACGCACUGUUGGAUGGCGUGAUCCUGGAUUUAUACACACUAGCUUUCUAAGGGAUUUGUGGCCAAACACAGUAUACACCUAUAGGAUGGGCCAUCUCAUAAUAUCUGAUGGUUCAUAUGUUUGGAGCAAAAAGUAUAAGUUCAAAUCCCCUCCAGUUCCCGGAGAGAGCUCAUUACAACGUGUUGUUAUCUUUGGUGACAUGGGAAAGGGAGAACGAGAUGGAUCAAAUGAGUAUGCUAACUACCAACCAGGAGCAUUGAAUACCACAGAUCAACUCAUCAAAGAUAUUGACAACAUUGAUGCUGUUUUCCUUAUUGGAGACUUGCCUUACGCCAAUGGAUAUGUCUCACAGUGGGAUCAAUUCACUGCACAAGUAGAGCCUAUUGCAUCCGCUGUACCCUUUAUGGUUGCAAGUGGAAAUCAUGAACGCGAUUCACCAGAUUCAGGAUCAUUUUAUGCAAAUAAUGACUCAGGUGGUGAAUGUGGUGUUCCUGCAGAAACAACAUUCUAUGUUCCUGCUAAAAACAGGGCAAAAUUUUGGUACUCAGCAGAUUACGGAAUGUUCCACUUCUGCAUAGCUGACACUGAGCACGAUUGGAGGGCCGGCACUGAACAAUACAAAUUCCUUGAGGAAUGCCUAGCAUCAGUAAAUAGGCAUAAACAACCUUGGCUGAUCUUUGCUGGUCAUCGCCCCCUCGGUUACUCCUCUAAUAAAUGGUUUGGCCAAGAAGGCUCUUUCGAAGAGCCCAUGGGUAGAGAUGACCUACAAAGACUAUGGCAGAAGUACAGGGUUGAUAUUGCAUUUUGGGGUCAUGUCCAUAAUUAUGAGCGAACAUGCCCUAUAUAUCAGAAUCAAUGUGUGAAGAGCAAAGAUCAGACAUCUCAUUACUCAGGUGUGGUAAAUGGUACCAUUCACGUUGUUGCUGGUGGAGGCGGCGCUCACUUGAACGAAUUUAGUCCAAUAAAAACUGUCUGGAGUAUUUACAGAGACUACGAUUUUGGAUUUGUGAAGCUCACUGCAUACAACUACUCGCAUCUAAAAUUCGAGUACAAGAAGAGCAGUGAUGGCAAGGUUUAUGAUUCCUUCACUAUAUCUAGAGAUUACAAAGAUGUCCUGUCUUGUGUCCAUGAUAGUUGUGCACCGUAUACAUUGGCUAGUUAAGAUGAGGAAAAAGUCUUGGACAAAAGUGAGCUAGACAAGAAUCCCCUCAGUACAUAGUUGGUUGUUCGUAUAUAAGGAUAAUCAUAUUACACUAUCAAUGUGACGAACAAUUUUAGAUGGAAGAAAUAUGAUUUCACUUCGACCACUUUGUAAUGUGCUUUUGUAGCUGGCCCGUGAGUCAAUCUAUGUAGAUAUAUUCUUGCAUCAAUAAACAUUUUAGGUAGGAAAAACAAAGCAUCACAAUUAAACGUCCAGGAAUAAAAAUCACAAAUUAAAGUAUAUUCUUAAUGUACUUGCUUAUGCCUCACUUUGGUAAAACUUAUGUAUUUUACUUUGACAAAGCUAUAAUAGCCCGUUUGAUAGCCAGUAAUAAAUGGUGCUCAUACUUUGUAAGACUUUUCACCAAAGUAGUGACAGCCUAGACAUUUGAUUUGUAAUACUUUGGAUUAUAUUGUGGGCCUAAAAAAUUGACAUGGU